AUGGCAUCAAGAUUUCCUCAUUCGACGCUGCAUCAGCGAGACCCCAGAUCUUCAUCCAGUUUGUUUGAUUCCUACAGCGGAGGCAAGGAGCGAAAUCGACCUGGAAACAAAUCUCCCGCAUAUGCCGGCGGUGGCUAUGGCUUAGCGGGAUCUUCAAGCGGGGAUAUAAACGGAAGUUUUCGCAGCGCCACGCCGAACAAGAGUGGUCAAUAUUCUGAUGCAGUGUUAUCAUCUCUAGAGUCUCAAAAUGACGCCGAAGUGGAGGGCAUUACAGCGAAGGUUAAAAUGUUGAAAGAUAUUACUCUGGCAAUUGGCGAUGAGAUCCGCGACUCUUCUGCCCUCGCAGAUAAGAUGAAUGAAUCAUUCGACAAUACCCGCGUCCGCCUCCGGGGCACCAUGAACAGAAUGUUACGAAUGGCAGAACGCACUGGUGUCGGAUGGAAAGUCUGGCUCGGCUUUUUCUUCGCCGUCUUCAUGCUUUUCGCUUACGUCUGGCUGUUUUGA